AUGAGUGGGAGACCCAGCCGCGAAGUGAACGGGCGAGCGCCUUCGCCGAGCUCCGCGUCGAGCAGCCGGCAGGCCUCCGCGCCUCCACUGCGUGGGCCCAAGGCAGAACCUGCGAAUGGCGGCCAGCAACCACGUAAGAAGGAACACGCUGCGGCGGACUGCCACUAUGUGAGGCUUUUCAUAAGCAUCCAGAUACCGUUCCGUGUUGCAAAUACAGCCUGGAAGAAGGCUGUGCGGUCGGAACCGGCCCUUCAAGGGGAGUCCCGUAUGCGUGUCUCGAUUUCUUCAGUGCCCCGUCGCGUUAUCUGGCGUGUUGUCGCUGCAGUUGCCCUGCGGGCUGUGUCGUCCACCGCCUCGUUUGUCGCCCUUCAGCGCCGGCAGCAGCAGCUUCUCGGCUCCGCGUCCGCGGGCCCUCCAGGCCUCGAUCCUACCACGCACGGCCGCACAGCGCCGUUUUUGCCCUCGUUUGCUCCUUCGGCGACCCCUUCGCCUGCGUCGCUCAGUCGCAGCACGCGGCCGAACUCGCUGACGCCGUCUCCGCGGUCAGUGGGGCCUGCGGGCGAGGCAGCGCCCGUCUCGGGGGAGUCGGGCCUCGCAGGGAAGUCCAAACUCGAAGACGGCGGGCGAGCCGCCUGCGCAGCGCGGAAGUUCGUCCCCAACCUCGGCAGAGGCGGGUCGGUUGCCGCAGUAAAGAAGGAGAAGCUCGCGGACAUCGACCGCUGCAACAGCGACCUCAGCGCCAUGGUUUUGCGGUCGCUGCAAAACAGUGAAUCCAAGAAGCUCGGACAGGAAAAGCCCUUCGACUUGGCGGGUCGGGGCGGUCAGCCCCCUGCGGCGCCCCCCCCCGGCUACCCCGGAGGGUCGGCGACGCCCCCGUUUGCGAAGGCCGGCGCGAGGCGGCCGCUGCAUCUGGCGUCGCCCGCGGCGAUCCGAGAGAGCAAUCUGCGGCUACUGCAGCAGCACCAGAAGGACAGCAAGAAGACCGGCAAAAAGUCCCGACGCCUCAUGGAGCUGUCGUGGAGUGGCGCGGAGAACGACGACCGGGACGCGUCAUGCAUGAGUCCGCGCGGAUUGUACACGCCCGUCAGUCUGCCCUUUGUCGUUAGAGAGGACGACGAGGACGUGCAAGAGGGAGGCCAUAAAAGAAGAGAGGUGGCCCUGGCAGAUCUUAUGGGCGAGCGCGAGGCGGAGGACGGCAGCACGGGGGUGCGCCGGAAGCGACCCUCUGCGCGGCACGUGGAGGAAGCGAACCGCUUUGCAGCAGGCCUUCUUCUGGUCGACGAGGAAGGCGAAGAAAGAGGCGAGAAGGCUCGCGCGGACACGUGGGAUCUAGCCGAUGACGACGACGGCCGGGGCACAGACUUCCUGCACAUCUGCUUCCCGUUUCUGUUCCCGCCGAUGGACCGCCAGGCGAUGGAAGAGGAGCGCCUGGCGCGUGAGGCUGAACGCGAGGCGCGGCGAAGCGUCGAACCCGCCGCCGACGGGGGAGGAGACGAUGUCUAUGGGAGCAAGGCGGAUGACGGCAAAGAGGGAUCCGGCGAAGCAGCGGGCAAGGCAAGCGGCCGGGGUGCGGGGGGCGCCAAGAGUCGCGCCAAAGCCAGCCCGCCCCUGAGGCCCUUAGGGCCCUCGCCGCCGCUGCCGCUACCGUCUUUGCCUGAGGGCAGGAUCGGCAAGCUGCUUGUGCACCGCAGCGGGCGCGUCGAGCUCCGCCUCCUCUGUGCCGCGCCCAAAAGCGACGACCAGGGAGCAGUGGGAGGAGGAGGCGUCGGUGCGGAAGCCACCCGGAGUGGCCGCGAGGCGACGCAGUCGGAGGGGACACGGGGGGCGCCACAGGAAGCCCCUACGAAGCAGUUGCCAGUCGAAGACGCGGGCGUCUGCUUCGAGGUCAAUGUAGGAUCGGAGUGCACCUUUGCGCAGGAGGUUGGAUGCCUAGUGGAGGACACCUCCGAGUUCCUUUUCCUGGGAAGAUGCAACAAACGCAUGGUAAUAGCGCCAGACGUCCGCCGGUGCCUUCAGGCUGCCACGAUGGGCGGGGUGGGGGCCUAA